AUGCAUCAAAUUUCUAUUAUAGCCAUUCUGGAACCUUUCUCAGACUGUGCACAGGUCCAGAAUUUUAAAUACGAACUUGCUAUGGACCAUGCUAUGAGUAAUUGCAAUGGCAAGAUAUGGUUGUUUUGGACUUUGGAGGUUGACUGUAAAGUAUUAGAGGAAGAUGAGCAACAGAUCACUUGUGAAAUUGCCCAUAAUAAGUUACAAACUCCUUUCAUCACAACCUUUGUUUAUGCCAAAUGCAAAGACCACCUUAGAAGACCUCUAUGGGACAGAAUGCUAGUUCAUGCUAAUACCACAACCAACUCCCCGUGGUGUGCAGUGGGUGACUAUAAUGUUAUUACUUCCAUUGAUGAGAAACUGGGAGGGGUGCCUUACAAUAUGAGAAAAAGUCUGGAAUUCAUUGCUGUGAUCGAAGCUUGUGGUCUUAUGGACCUUGGUUUCAGUGGACAGAAAUUUACAUGGUCUAAUAACAGGGGUAUACACAGCAGGGUUUGGAAGAGAUUGGACAGGGCUAUGAUAAAUGACCCUUGGCUGGAACAUAUGCCUCAAACUACUGUCAUUCAUCUCCCAUCAGUAGGCUCUGACCACUGCCCCUUGCUGAUGGAAAUGAAUAACAGAAGUGAGGACCAUAUUAAAUACUUCAAGUUCUUAAAUUGCUGGGCGGACCAACCUAAUUUCCUAGACAUUGUUCAAGCUUGUUGGGAUAGGGAGCAAGAAGGGAACAGCAUGUGGAAGUUUCAUCAGAAACUCAAAAGACUGGCACGUACUCUUAGUAGUUGGUCUAAGGGAGAAUUUGGUGAUAUUUUUAUCAAAGUCAAGGAAUAUGAGAACAAAGUUAAAAUGGUUGAAGAGUCCUUUAUACAGAACAAUUCUGAGGAAAACAGAACUGCUCUACAUGAAAUCAAUGCUGAGUAUAUCAGAUUUUUGAAACUGGAGGAUUCUAUUCUAAAGCAAAAAACCCAGCUCCAGUGGUUUAAAGAGGGAGAUAGCAACUCAAAAUACUUUCAUUCCUUAUUAAGAGGGAGAAGGAGGAGACUAUUUAUACACAGAGUUGCAGGCGAUGAUGGGGAAUGGAUACAAGGAGAUGAGAAUAUUGCAGAUGCAGCAUGCAGUCACUUCCAACAGAUAUUUACAGGAGAGGAUAAGUUCAUUUAUGAAGGGCCCCUUGACUGUAUUCCCAGAAUGAUUAACCACGAACAUAAUGCCAGCCUUACUGCCUUGCCUACUAUCGAGGAGUUAAAAGAAGUGGUGUUUUCUAUGAACCCCAAUUCCGCAGCAGGUCCAGAUGGCAUGAAUGGGUGCUUUUUUCAGAAAUGCUGGCAGAUUAUCAAGAAUGACCUGUUAGCUGUCAUUUUGGCAUUCUUCAGUGGACAAAUGAUCCCGAAGUAUUUUUCCCAUUCCUGCAUUGUUUUGUUGCCCAAAGUUAACAAUCCAAAUAAACUUUCUGAAUUCAGGCCCAUUAGUCUAAGCAACUUCACCAACAAAAUCAUUUCUAAGCUUCUAAGUUUGAGAAUGGGACCUAUUCUACCCAACCUGAUUUCUCUUAACCAAUCAGGUUUCGUCAAGGGUAGAAGCAUUUCAGAAAAUAUCAUGCUGGCUCAGGAGAUUAUCCAUCAGAUUAAAAAACCUAACAUUGGUAGCAAUGUGGUCAUUAAAUUGGAUAUGGCUAAGGCUUAUGAUAGGGUGUCCUGGGCGUACAUUUGCUUGGUUCUUAGGAGAAUGGGCUUUGAUGAGAUAUUCAUUGACAUGGUAUGGAGGAUCAUGGCGAAUAACUGGUACUCCAUCAUCGUUAACGGGAAAAGACAUGGUUUCUUCCAAUCGACCAGAGGACUGAAGCAAGGUGACCCUCUCUCACCUGCCCUAUUUAUUUUAGGGGCUGAAGUUCUGUCAAGAUCUCUGAACAGACUCCAUAACAGGCUAGAUUACCAUGGUUUCUUCAUGGAGAAGAGAGGACCCCAAGUGAAUCAUCUUAGCUUUGCGGAUGAUAUUAUUAUUUUCACUUCUGGGAGGAAAAAGUCCUUGGAACUUAUUAUGCAAACAUUACACACAUAUGAGGCAACAUCGGGGCAAUUAGUGAACAAAGAUAAAAGUCAUUUUUUGAUCCAUUCUAAUGCCUUCAAUAGCACUAGGGAAAGGAUCAAAAGACUUACAGGCUUUAAGCAGAAGGAGGGUCUCAUUAUCUACCUUGGCUGCCCUCUAUACAUGGGCAGACCAAGAAUCAUAUAUUUCUCAGAUCUCAUCAGCAAAGUGCUGAAAAGAAUUACAGGUUGGAAAGCUAAAAUCUUGAGCUAUAGAGGCAGGGCGACUUUAGUAAAACAUGUCUUGCAAUCAAUCCCUAUCCACACCAUCUCGGCUAUCUCUCCUCCCUCUACUGUUAUCAAGCAAAUUCAGGGCCUUCUGGCUGAUUUCUUUUGGGGGUGGAAAAAUGAGAGGAAAAAAUACCAUUGGGCAUCUUGGAGAAAUUUGAGCUUUCCUUAUGAGGAGGGAGGUAUUGGAAUGAGAAAUAUGAAAGAUGUAUGCACAACAUUCCAAUACAAACAAUGGUGGAUAUUUAGAUCAAAACAUACUCUUUGGGGGGAGUUCCUAAAAGCUAAGUAUUGUCAAAGGUCUAAUCCUAUCAGCAAAAAAUGGGACACGGGUGAGUCUCUAAUUUGGAAACAUCUAAUGCACAACAAAGGGAAGAUGGAGGAACAUAUCCACUGGCAAAUCAAUUCAGGCACCUGUUCCUUCUGGUGGGAUAAUUGGUUAGGAAUUGGUCCCCUAGCCAAUUUUUCUGAUAAGAGCAACAGGUUCAACAACGCUACAGUAGCAGACUUCCUGAUUGAUGGUCAAUGGAACUUAGAAAUGGUGCUACAAGUCCCUCAGAAUAUGGUUACCAGCAUCCUCGAUAUUCAGAUUCAACAUCAGCAAGGGGUCCCGGAUCAACCAAUGUGGAAAUUAAAUCCUAAUGGUAAAUUCACUUGCUCCUCGGCUUGGAAUGAAAUCAGGGAAAAGAGAAACAAACUACAAUUUUAUGCCUUUAUUUGGCAGAAAAACAUUCCUUUUAAAUGCUCUUUUUUGUUAUGGAGGGCUCUGAAAGGUAAACUUCCCACAAAUGAAAAAAUAACCAGAUUUGGGGGAGAGCCUGCUGGCUGUUACUGCUGCAGUAGACCUGGAUGGGAUACUAUUAAUCACACCUUCAGCACUGGUCAAUUUGCAACACUAGUGUGGAGGUUUUUUGCUGUACAUGCUGGGGUCAAUACUGGACAAAACUCCCUUACACAGCUAAUUAUGAAUUGGUGGUCGACCAAAUACAACAAUGAAGCCCAUAAAACCAUUCUCCAAGCUACUCCAAUAUUCAUUUGCUGGAACUUAUGGAAAAACAGGUGUGCAAAGAAAUAUGGUGGGAAACAGUCUAAUGUUUCCAGAGUGAAAUAUGCAAUAUACAAGGAUAAUUGCAAGCUCAUAACGAAUACCUACCCCUACAUCAAAUGGCCCUCCAAUUGGAAAGAUAUGAUCAGGCUGGCAGAGGGAUGUUACCAUGACACAAAAGUAACCAGGGUAGCAUGGAAAAGACCAAGUGAACAAUGGGUAAAGCUGAAUACAGAUGGUAGUGCUUUAUGUAACCCUGGAAGAAUAGGUGCAGGAGGUAUAAUCAGAGAUCUCAAUGGAGAAAUCCUUCUCGCUUUUGCCACACCUCUAGGGGAAGGAACCAAUAACCAAGCAGAAAUAGGUGCAGCCAUAUUUGGACUGACCUGGGCAGUACAGUUAGGACACAGGAAUGUCGUGUUAGAAGUGGAUUCGCAGCUAUUGAUGCAUUGGAUAACACUUAAAGCUAAGCCUCCCUGGAGUGUCAACACACAGAUACAGCAGCUCCAACAUCUCAUCAGACAGACCCACAGCUUUACAUGCAAACAUAUAUUCAGAGAAGCUAAUAUUGUUGCCGACUCCUUGGCGAAACAAAGUCACAAGGUCACAACCCCACAAAUAUACUACAACAGCCAACAACUACCAAAGGAAGCAAGAGCAUACUACCAACUGGACAUGAUUGGAAUGGCAAGUUUCAGGAGAAGAAAAACCAAGAAGAUCCACGAACCGCCAUGA